AUGAUAUAUGAAACGGUCAAAGAAAACCUUCGAGGGGGUGGCACAGUGACUUUCAGCUAUAUCUAUGAUUUUGACAUGCCUGUGUUCCCUAACCUGACUGAUAUUUUUAUUGGGCUCGAUGUUUUUCGGGGCUGGAGUAUGCUGCCAACCUUCUUUGACAAAAUGCCUAAUCUUGAGCAUAUUACCUUUUUGGAUGGGUUUCUACCUUUCCCUCAUGCACAGCAUACCUUUACCAUGGGGUGGAACCCGCCAGUGGAGGUACCUCCUUGUUUGCGCUUCAAGAUGAAGAAAAUUAUAAUUGUGAAUCGGGAAACUAUAACACCAGAAGAGCUUAAGUUAAUAAAGUAUCUGUUGAAACGUGCGAAUCAUUUGGAGAUUUUGACAAUAAAUGCUCAUAAAAUCGAUCCAAAGAGACGGGAACAGGUAUUGAAGUUCUACCGUGCCUCCAAAUCAUGUCGGAUUGAAUUCGUUUGA